AUGCUCACCCAUGCUUCGUCUUUCGCUGUCUUCCGAGUGCCUGCCGCAAUACAAUGUGAGUCACGCACGGCAACGUGCGUCUUGCGCGCGCAGAUCCGGUUGGUCGAGGACCCUCCCUGCUGUCCCCACCCCUCCCGUUUUGUCGCGCCCCACCCCACUACGCUCCUGCCAAUACAAUCACUGCGCGCCAAUGCGCAGAUCCGGCUGGUGCUGAUGAUCAAGGACCCGCGCGAGGCGGAGCGGUGGCGGCAGAUGGGCUUCGAGAAUGAGAGCAGGUGCUCGCGCGACGAGAUCGCCGACGCCUUCGUUGAGGUGCGCGCGGGGGAUGGGGGGAAGGGGAGAGGCGGGGAGAGCGCUGCGGAGGCAGGGAGAGGUGGGGAGAGAGGCAAGGGGGGACGGGCAUCGGGAAUGAAAGCGGGUGCUCCCGCGGCGAGAUCGCAGAAGCGUUGCGCGAGGUGUGCGAGUACAUGUGCGUGCGUUGCGUACCGCGUGGUGCUGUGCAAUCCUGCGUCUCUUGCAGGCUGCGCGUUUCCAUUCCAAGUAUCGCCGCCCCUUUCCCUCUCUGGCCUCCUCACCAAUUCCCUCUGCGCAAAUUCCACCCUCUCCUUUCCAUGUCCCCCUCCCCGGCGUGUGGGCAGGUGUGACAGCUGUGUCCCGAGACACGGAGCUGCAGCAGACCGCAUGGUGCUGCGCAAGCUGGCACAGGACAUGCGCGAGUGGCUGCGCCUACAGGUGAGCCAUGGGGGGGACAAGGAGGUGUGGGGGAUAUGGAAGGCAGGAGCGAGCCAGCGGCCAGCCCCUGAGGAGGAAGAGGGAUGA